CGCCACCGCCAAUGGCAGCAGGAAUCCUCUGAUCCUCUUUCCCGCACAUCCAAAGAGGCGCCGCCGUCCUCUGAAAAAUCCUAGCCGCUUUCUACAUGGCCGAGCCCGCCAACCGGCGGAUGGAGGCCGUCCGCCGUCACCUCCUUCUGCCUUCACCCGCGCCGCUUCGCCCUAAUCCGUUAAGCAGCCUCGCGGAGGUGGAGCCCAGCCCGGUGAUCAUUGGCGGGAUGGUGCUGGAUAUCCAUGCCAAGCCUUCCGUGCCGCCCCAUCAUGGUACCACUGUCCCUGGAAUGGUUAAAUACAUCAGUGGAGGCGUAGCAAGAAAUAUUGCUGAGUGCAUGUCAAAGCUUGGGACACAACCCUUCAUGAUAAGUGUUGUUGGAAAUGAUUUGGCAGGGGACUUCCUUUUGAAGUACUGGAGGUCAGCUGGAUUAUGUUCAGAAGGAAUUCUGCAGGUUGAUAAUGUUGCAACCCCAGUAGUAUCAAAUGUGUUUGACGGUACUGGAGAAUUAAUCGCUGGAGUUGCAAGUGUUCAAGCAGUUGAAAAUUUUAUUACUUCGAGCUGGAUUUAUCACUUCCGUCAUCAUAUUGCUAAUGCACCACUUGUAAUGCUUGAUGCGAAUUUAUCUCCUGAGUCACUUAAAGCAGCUUGCAUAAUGGCAUAUGAAUUUGGGGUGCCUGUGUUAUUUGAGCCAGUCUCAGUGGUGAAGUGUCGAAGAAUUGCACCAGUUGCAGAAUAUAUAACUUGCACUUCCCCCAAUGAAAUUGAGCUUGUUGCCAUGGCAAAUUCAUUAUCUCCAUCAGUGAAAUAUAAUUUUCACACAAUAGAGCAGUUCAAGGAGAAAGCAGAUACUGUUGAAUAUAUUUUUCAAAUGCUUAGCCCAGCAAUGUUCUUCCUACUUGAGAAGGGCAUCAAGUUGCUUAUCGUGACACUUGGCUCAAAUGGUGUUUUUAUUUGUUGCAAAGAGCACACUAACUUCAUGAAAGACCAGCACAAGUGCAAACAGACGCCUUUCUCCAGACAGCUACUUGAAAAAAUGGACGGGUGUUUUCCAUCGAACAAUCUUGUUAAUUUGUGCAGAGAAAGCUCUUCAAGAACAUGUGUUUUUCAUUUACCUGCAAUAUCGGCCUCUGUGAUAAGCCUCACAGGUGCUGGCGAUUGUUUGGUUGGUGGUGCCCUUUCAGCUCUAUGUGCAGGCUUCGAUAUCAUCCAGAGCGUUGCAGUUGGGGUUGCUAUAGCAAAGGCAUCUGUGGAAUCUGAAGCCAACAUACCUGAUGACAUUUCUGCUGCGAGUAUUGCAGAUGAUGCACAAAGUGUAUUGCAUUCUGCUAAGGUGCUUUGGUGCAAAUGAAGAAUAGAAAAACUACCAUCCCGGUGUAAAUUGAAGACAGUCAGGUGCUAUUGAAGCUAUUGAACUCUGUUACUGUUCCAACGGCACAAGACGGAUAAGAAUGAAAUCGCUAUAUAUGAUGGAUUUUUGGUUGGAAGAACAGAGGGAUCACCAAUCAGAAUUCUUUCUACUAUAGCAUAUAUUUUUCAUGUACAUUGUGGGUGCAAGUUCGAUCAAGGGAGCAAAUUCUGUUGUAUUUUUUUAGUUAGUGAGAUUAUGUGAUGAAAAAUUGGUUAGCGUCAAAUUUGCAAUUGCAAAGUGACUAAUAUAAUGACAUAAUAUAAUACACUGAUAAGAUAUAAUUGGUUGCAAGUUCAAAUUCA